AGUUCUAAAAGAUAAAAGAAUGAGUGAGGGAAAACUGUAGAUUCUCACCUACAAUAAUUCAAUUCUCUCGUUGCACAACUAGAUAACCUUGGGGUAAUAGUACAAGAUGAAAACAUUGUAGACCAAACACUGGCUAGUCAGCCCAGAAGGUGGACAACUUUCAAGGCCAUUCAAGGCUUUGCGGGUAGUGCUCAGCAGCUCAUUCGGGAUCCGAAACUUUUUGUCGAUUCAACCUUCGUGCAGCCAGCCAAACAACCGGCGGAGCGAAAGAAACCGGAGGACAAGCAUAAGGUGAAAAUGAGAAGUUUCUCCCAAUUGACAUUCUCUCUCUGAUUUUCCUUCUCAAUUCAGUCCUCAGCCGUCCGUGCUGUUUUGGAAGAGAUCUUUGAUGUACUCGAUUUGAAGGGGACUUCGUUGUGACACUUAGUUGUAGUUCAGUGCAGAGUUGUCGUGGUCACCCGGGGGCCGGCAUAUGCCUCUGCGUGCGGCCCGAUGGAUCUUUGCCAUCAAUCUUAACAUUCGCUGGUGUUCUUCGUUCCGUCUGGAUGUUAGUGCGAGGAUUAAGAGCGUCAAUUUGACAUAACCUUGCUCGCUGGAUAUGUGCAGCCGAUUGUGAUGAACGUGUCCAUUUGUUGCUCGUCGUGUGUGGAUCUCCUCGAGCCCGAGCUUCUUGCCGUCAAAGGUUAGUGCGCAUCAUCCGGCUAGGGAGUA